AGUAUCAACUUUAUACAGCGCGCCAUGCAAAGUAGAACGGAUAACAGACAUAUGCAGAUUCUCCAAGGAAUGGUCUUUAUGAACCAAUAUAGCAACGAAAGAAAAUAUUUACAAGAGAAAGCCUACAAUAUGGGACGCAUCUUCCAUUUCCUGGGACUUACUCAUCUGGCCAUUCCUCAUUAUGAAGAAGCGCUUUGCCAACCUUCAGCCAAAUACCAGGGUAUUCGCAAAGCUCGUCCAAUAGAAGAUGUAUAUAUGUGGCCUGUGGAUAAUAUGUAUAAAGAUGAAGAUGACGAAGAUGAUGAGACCGACCUCAAAAGAGAAAGCGCACACAACUUACAAAACAUUUAUUUAACAAGUGGAAACUUUGCUUUGGCUCAAAUUCUUUUAGUGAAGUAUUGUUCUGUGUAGCUUGGCUUAUAGCUUAUCUUAGCUUAGCUAUAUAUAUAUAUAAAUAUAAAAUAUAAAUGUAUUCAAAUAUAAAUAAUUAGCCUUUUUCUUUUUAUAUAUAUAUCUUAAUACAUUUACUUGUAUAGAAACGUUCAUUUUUCCUUAAUAAUAAUAACAGUAUUUUUUUUU